AUGUCGGACGAAUAUCUUGCAAUCGUUUGUUAUCCUCCUAACCCCGGACCGAACUGGAAGGUAGAAAAUGUGAAAGUCGCUCGUUCUCCCAACGAGCAUGAACUAAAGGUUCGGAUGCUUGCGACUGGCAUAUGCCACAGCGAUAUCAUCGUGUCCUCCAUCCCAGAUGGCGCUCCAGGCAUGGGAUACCCUCGAAUUCUAGGUCACGAAGGAGCCGGGAUUGUCGAAGAAGUCGGAUCUGGUGUCACGGUUGCUCAGGUUGGGGAUCCCAUUCUUCUGUCCUACAACUUUUGCAGAAAUUGCGAUCUAUGCCACAACGACCAACAACCAUACUGUAUGAAUUGGAUGAUGCUCAACGCCGUGGGCGUUCCGGGACAUUUUGAGACCCCGCAAGGCCAGACCGUCAAUGGCAACUUCUUCGGCCAAUCGAGCUUUGCUGGGGCAAGUAUCGUGAAAGAGGGCAGUGUUGUCAAUGUCAAAGACAUGGUCAAGGAUCACGAGGAGCUCAAAUUGCUGGCACCACUGGGAUGUGGCUUGCUCACGGGAUCUGGCGCUGUGUUGAAUGCGGCAAACCCCAAAUCUCACGACAUUGUCAUGGUGACAGGCGUAGGAGGCGUUGGACUCGGUGCUAUCAUGGCGGCUAAGUUGGCGGGAUGCAAAGAAAUCAUCGCCGUUGACAAAGUGGCUUUGCGUCUGGAAAUCGCGAAAGAACUGGGUGCCACCAAAGUCAUCAACACCAGCCAGGAAGGGUCAGACCUUGCCGAGACUGCUUCCAAGGCCGUCCAAGGCCAACGUAUUUCAUACGUGAUUGAGACCACUGGGGCAAUUCCCGUGAUCACAGCGGCGAUGGAAGCACUCGGAAAACGGGGCAAGCAUAUUCAAGUCGGGGUGCCACAAUUCAACUCUGAAUUUGCGUUCCCCCUUAGCAAGUUCUUCGCCGACAACAAGAUGUUCGAAUGCCACUACCUGGGUGAUACAACUGGACAAACCCAUAUUCCGAAAAUGAUUCAGUGGUAUCAUGAGGGCAAGUUUCCCAUCGAUCAGAUUGUCAAGUUCUUCCCAGCCAAAGACGCUUUGCAGGCGUUGCAGGGGAUGCAUGAUGGAUCAGCAAUCAAGCCAGUCAUUGUUUGGUAG